CAGCGGGAAGCAACCGCCUUUGAAUUUCGAAUAAAUUUUCGCGCGUUGUAGUUUCAACGUUGCCAGUUUGUGUUCCAUUUUCGAAUUGGAUUAUCCGUUGUUACCUGCAUGGAGGUUUCAAAUCUGUAUCAGUGCCCAUUGUGAUGGAUUGGUGUGUGCAAGUGAUGUGAUUUUCUAGUGAAGAAAGUGAUUUCAUCACAAAGGAUUACAGUGAUUAAUAUUGUUGGAAAACACGUGAGAACAGCAUUGUAAUAGCAGAGAUGUCGGCCACGGCUACCAGGCAUGUGAAGGCAUCUAAUUCCGCCAACAUCCUGAUGUGCAAGCAAUGGUGGAAGGUCUGCUGGAUGCACGGCGACCAGGAGAAGUACUACAGACAACUCUAUGGCAAAAGAAAAAUAAACAACAUCAACACAAACUUCCUAAACUUCGAUACUAUGGACGUCAAAAGACCCGGCGCUCAGAUAACUGAACUCACUGACGAUUUUUUUGAAGAUAAUUUGAAUCCAGAAAUAGAACCUGCUCCCGAUGAAGGAGCAAAAACAGAAGAAAAAUACACAUUUGGUGUUGAAUCCGAACCAAUAUACGGAUUCGACAUCCAAACCACGUGGCAGAAAGACCAAAGACGGCAACCGAUCCAACAAAACUAUGACGAAUACAUGAACACAGCAGAUCUAGACCAAAUCUUAGGUACAAGUUUAAGUUCAGAUAGUAUAAAGAGUAUGUUAGAGAACGGGCUACCUCUACAAUCGAAGUCCAAACCUCAAUUAUUGGACUCAAAAGAAGAGAUUCUUAGGAAUGGUAAUACUUUUGGGAAGACGUCCAAAACUGUGUGUCGGACUAGAAAAGGGGCGAUAAUAACGGAGGAAUCUGAGAUUUCUACCGAUGGGAAGACGACAGCUAAUUUCAAGUUCCAAAGGUCGACGGUGAAGACGGGUCCGAAUAAGAUGAAGGAGGUGCUGCAGCCUUUGAAGGAGGAUGCAGUGUUAGACGAGUGCUCGAGGAAGAAGUGCGUCGGCGACAAGGUGACGACCACCACCACGACCCUGGUGACGGUGUCGCAGACGUCAGUGACCUGCUGUAAUGAACCAGUCUGCAGAAACUGCGUGGUAUCUCCAACCGGAUCAUCGCCACCACCACUCCACGAGCACCCGUCAUCGCCGCCGCCGCCUGCACCCUCCUCCCCCAUCUCCUCCCCCCGCCUCUUGCCCUCCCUCCCCUCCCCCCAGCCCAGCCAUAGCGGCUCCUCAGCGCCCAGCCAGUCGAACUCGCCCCAUCCAUAUUCCUACCCGAACUUCAGAAGAAGUCAGCCCGUUCAAGGGAACUACCCCGACUACAAUCUCCUGCACAGCCACAGCGUGUCCCAAAUAGCCCAGCCAGGGCAAAGUUACCAGUCGCCCCAGUCACCCCAGUCUGCUAUGUCGCUGUCUCCCCACCCUGUGCCCCAGGGGAAGUUGAGGGGCCUGCUGGAGCACGCGGAGAGACUCAUGAAGCCAGGAGACCCGCACCGGCACUCCCAGAGCGAUGAUGACUCGGGCUGCGCGCUCGAGGAGUACACCUGGGUGCCGCCGGGGUUAAGGCCUGAACAGGUGCACCUGUACUUCUCCGCGCUGCCGGAGGACAAGGUCCCGUACGUGAACAGCGUGGGCGAGCGCUACCGGCUCAAGCAGUUGCUGCAGCAGCUGCCUCCGCAGGACAAUGAGGUGCGCUACUGCCACGCGCUGUCGGACGAGGAGCGCAAGGAGCUGCGGCUGUUCAGUGCGCAGCGCAAGAGAGAGGCGCUGGGCCGCGGUCAGGCGCGUCAGCUGCAUGCGCCGGCGCCGUGCGAGCGGCGGCAGCGCUAUACAAAUGUCGUCAAUAAUGAUCCAUAUUGCUGGCUCUACGUGACGCGGUUCAGAAUGACUUUAACCGCAUCUCCCUCGAUGGAGUUACUGACGCCGGGACGUGAGGAGAGUGCCAAGGAGGGUAAUGAAAACGUAGCGAAUAGGGAUUAG